GAUUCCUACGGAUAUUUGUAAAAAUGCAACGCAUAUUGUACUCUUCAGUAGUAGAAGUUCAACUCGAAAACUUGCUGAUAUUAUAAGUCCUUAUACAGAUACUGAUCUGCACAAAGCUUCAAAGGUCCUCAAUGGUUAUUUGAGACAAAAGGAAUUUGUGGUCAUCGAUAUAAAUAAACCAAGAUCUGAAUCUUUUUCACUUCGAUAG